CUAAUCUCCAGCAGUAACCUGCAAUACCAGCUGCAAUGGAGAGCGCAGAGAGGGGAGAAGAGGAAAUGUUGCACUAUGAGGAAACAAGAUGAUAAUGUCAAGUGAGUCCUGUCUCACAAUGUGGCACAGACAGUAUUGGGCCCCCGGAGCGGAGCCGGAGAUGCUCAUCCACAUGGAUCAGGAGGAGGAAGUGCGGAUGUCCCGUCUCCGCUCCUGCGAAGGGAAGAGUGCUCUGAGCGGCACCUCAGGUGAAGAUGGGAUUGUGAGCACGAUUGAAGACAAUGCCCAUCAAGGCAUCCCCAGCCCAGUGGAGCCGAAGGGUUUAUGCUCAGGACUGUUGGAGGAGAAGAGUUCCCAGGGUCCUGCAGAGGACCCUGUUCUCCCACACAGGUCAGAGAGGAUUCAGAGAUCCAAGAGCUUCCAGGUGAGCUCCAACCUCAUCCAGCAUCCGAGAAUCCACACCAGAGAAAAGCCCUUCACCUGCACUGAAUGUUGGAAGAGUUUCCAGAAGCGAUCACAUCUCAUCCGGCACCAUCGGGUGCACUCUGGGGAGAAACCCUACGAGUGCAGGACCUGUGGGAAGAGCUUCAGUCAGCGCUCAAACAUGAUCCAGCACCAGGUAACCCACACCGGGGAGAAGCCCUAUAAGUGUGCCAAGUGUGGGAAGAACUUCUUGAACAACUCAAAGCUCAUCCUGCACCAGCGGGUGCACACCGGGGAAAAACCCUACGAGUGCAGGACCUGCGGGAAGAGCUUCAGUGAGAGCUGGCAGCUGAUCCAGCACCAGGUGACCCACGCUGGGGAGAAGCCCUACAAGUGUGCUGAGUGCGGGAAGAGCUUCUUCAGGAAAUCGCACCUCAUCCGGCACCAGCUGGUGCACACCAGGGAGAAACCCUGGGAGUGCAGGACCUGUGGGAAGAGCUUCAGUGUGAGCUCAAAGCUGAUCCAGCACCAGGUAACCCACACAGGUGAGAUGCCCUACAAGUGUGAUGAGUGUGGGAAGAGCUUCAGUCUGAGCUCGAGUCUGAUCCGGCACAAGAUAAUCCACACUGGGGAGAAGCCCUACAAGUGUGCUGAGUGUGGGAAGAGCUUCUCCAGGAAAUUGGAUCUCAUGCAGCACCAGCGGGUGCACACCGGGGAGAAACCAUACCAGUGCAGGACUUGUGGGAAGAGCUUCAGUGUGAGCUCGAGUCUGAUCCGGCACCAGGUAACCCACACUGGGGAGAAGCCCUACAAGUGUGCUGAGUGCGGGAAGAGGUUCAUUGUGAGCUCGCAGCUGAUCCAGCACCAAGUAACCCACACCGGGGAGAAGCCCUACAAGUGUGCUGAGUGCAGGAAUAGCUUCAGUGUGAGCUCGCAGCUGAUCCAGCACCAGGUAAUGCACACCGGGGAGAAGCCCCACAAGUGUGCCGAGUGUGGGAAGAGCUUCUUCAUGAAAUCACACCUCAUCCAGCACCAGUGGGUGCACACUGGGGAGAAACCCUACGAGUGCAGGACCUGUGGGAAGAGCUUCAGCAUGAGCUCGGGUCUGAUUCGGCACCAGGUAACCCACACUGGGGAGAAGCCCUACAAGUGUUCUGAGUGUGGGAAGAGCUUCAGUGGGCGCUCAAACCUGAUCCAGCACCAGGUAACCCACACCGGGGAGAAGCCCUAUAAGUGUGAUGAGUGUGGGAGGAGCUUCUCCAGGAAAUCGCACCUCAUCCUGCACCAGCGGGUACACACUGGGGAGAAACCCUGGGAGUGCAGGACCUGCGGGAAGAGCUUCAGUGUGAGCUCAAAGCUGAUGCAGCACCAGGUAACCCACACCGGGGAGAAGCCCUACAAGUGUGCCGAGUGCGGGAAGAGCUUCUCCAACAGCUCUCGCCUCCUCCAGCACCAGUGGGUGCACACUGGGGAGAAACCCUACGAGUGCAGGAGCUGCGGGAAGAGCUUCAGCGUGAGCUCAUCCCUUACACGACACCAGCGGGUGCACACGAGGGAGAAGCCCUACUAGUGUGCUGAGUGCGUAAAGAGCUUUUCUGAGAACUUGAAGCUUGUCCAGCACCAGCAGGUGCAUGCUGCAAAGAAACUCUACAAGUGCAGGAGCUGUGGAAAGAGGUUCAGUGUGAGCUUAGCCCUGGCACGACACCAACAGGUCCACACCAGGAAGAAACCCUUCUGGUAUGUGGAUUGUGGGAAGAGCUUCGACAGGAGGCGGAAACACCAGCUAUUCCACACUGGGGAGAGGCCCUACUCUUGUGCCUACUGUGGGAACAGCUUUUGGCAGAGUGCCCACCUCAUCCGGUACCAGCGCAUCCACAUCGGGAAGCAUCCCUAUGCCUGUGCAGAGCAGAGGAUUCAGAGAUCCAAGAGCUUCCAGGUGAGCUCCAACCUCAUCCAGCAUCCGAGAAUCCACACCAGAGAAAAGCCCUUCACCUGCACUGAAUGUUGGAAGAGUUUCCAGAAGCGAUCACAUCUCAUCCAGCACCAUCGGGUGCACUCUGGGGAGAAACCCUACGAGUGCAGGACCUGUGGGAAGAGCUUCAGUCAGCGCUCAAACAUGAUCCAGCACCAGGUAACCCACACCGGGGAGAAGCCCUACAAGUGUGCCAAGUGUGGGAAGAGCUUCUCCAGGAAAUCGCAUGUCAUCCAUCACCAGCGGGUGCACACUGGGGAGAAACCCUACGAGUGCAGGACCUGUGGGAAGAGCUUCAAGAAGAGCUCGAAUCUGAUCCGGCACAAGAUAAUCCACACUGGGGAGAAGCCCUACAAGUGUGCUGAGUGUGGGAAAUGCUUCUCGAGGAACUUGAAGCUUGUUGUGCACCAGCAGGUGCACACCGGGGAAAAACCCUACAAGUGCAAGACCUGUGGGAAGAGCUUCAGUGUGAGCUCAAAGCUGAUCCAGCACCAGGUAACCCACACCGGGGAGAAGCCCUACAAGUGUGCUGAGUGCGGCAAGAGCUUCUCCAGGAAAGAACAGCUGAUCAUGCACCAUCGGGUACACACUGGGGAGAAACCCUAUGAGUGCAUGACCUGCGGGAAGAGGUUCAGCGUGAACUCAAACCUGAUCCAGCACCAGGUAGUGCACACCGGGGAGAAGCCCUACAAGUGUGCUGAGUGUGGGAAGAGCUUCAGUCUGAGCUCAAACCUGAUCCGGCACCAGGUAAUCCACACCAGGGAGAAGACCUACAAGUGUGCUGAGUGUGGGAAGAGCUUCUCCAAGAAAUUGCAGCUCAUCCAACACCAGCGGGUACACACUGGGGAGAAACCCUACGAGUGCAUGACCUGCGGGAAGAGGUUCAGCGUGAGCCACAGUCUUAUCCGGCACCAGUUAACCCACACCAGGGAGAAGCCCUACAAGUGUGCUGAGUGUGCGAAGACCUUCUCGGACAGUUCUCGGCUCCUCCAGCACCAGCGGCUGCACACCAGGGAGAAACCGUACGAGUGCAGGACCUGCGGGAAGAGUUUCAGUGUGAGCUCAAACCUGAUCCGGCACCAGGUAACCCACACCGGGGAGAAGCCCUACAAGUGUCCUGAGUGUGGGAAGAGCUUCAGUGUGAGAUCACAGCUGAUCCGGCACCAGGUAACCCACACCGGGGAGAAGCCCUACAAGUGUGCUGAGUGCGGGAAGAGCUUCAAUGUGAGCUCAAACCUGAUCCAGCACCAGGUAACCCACACCGGGGAGAAGCCCUACAAGUGUGCUGAGUGCGGGAAGAGGUUCUCCAAGAAAUUGCAGCUGAUCCUACACCAGCGGGUACACACUGGGGAGAAACCCUAUGAGUGCAGGACCUGUGGGAAGAGCUUCAGCGUAAGCUCGACUCUCAUCCGGCACCAGGUAGUGCACACCGGGGAGAAGCCCUACAAGUGUGCUGAGUGCGGGAAGAGCUUCUCCAACAGCUCUCGCCUCCUCCAGCACCAGCGGGUACACACUGAGAAACCCUACAAGUGCAGGAGCUGCAGGAAGAGCUUCAGUUUCAGAAAGAGUGUUUCUGAGAACUUGAAGCUUGUCCAGCACCAGCAGGUGCAUGCUGCAAAGAAACUCUACAAGUGCAGGAGCUGUGGGGCAAGCUUUAGCAUGAGCUCAGGCCUGGCACGACACCAACAGCUCCACACAAGGGAGAAACCCUACGAGUGUAUGGAUUGUGGGAAGAGCUUCAACAGGAGGUGUGAGCUUGUGAAACACCGGCUGAUCCACACUGGGGAGAGGCCCUACUCUUGUGGCUACUGUGAGAACAGCUUUCAGUAGGGUGCCCACCUCAUCCAGCACCAGUGCAUUCACACUGGGGAGUGUCCCUGCCUCUCUGCACAGUGCGGGAAGAGCUUCAGAGUGAGCUCGGCGCUCUUCCGGCACCAGCAGACCCACAGGGGGGAGAAGCCCUACAAUUGCGCUGAGUGCGGCAAGAGCUUCUCCAGGAAAGAACUGCUGAUCAAGCACCAUCGGGUGCACAGUGGGGAGAAACCCUACGAGUGCAGAACCUGCGGGAAGAGGUUCAGUGUGAGCUACAGACUUACCCAGCACCAGUUCACCCACACCAGGGAGAAGCCGUACAAGUGUGCCGAGUGCGGGAAGACCUUCUCGAACAGCUCUCGGCUCCUCCAGCACCAGCGGGUGCACACAGGGGAGAGACCCUACGAGUGCAGGACCUGCGGGAAGAGCUUCCGUGUGAGCUCAAACCUGAUCCAGCACCAGGUAACCCACACCGGGGAGAAGCCCUACAAGUGUGCUGAGUGCGGGAUGAGAUUCAGUGUGAGCUCAAACCUGAUCCAGCACCAGGUAACCCACACCGGAGAGAAGCCCUACAGGUGUGCUGAGUGCGGGAAGGGUUUCUCCAAGAAAGGGCAGCUUAUCGAACACCAGCGGGUACACACUGGGGAGAAACCCUAUGAGUGCAGGACCUGUGGGAAGAGCUUCAGCGUAAGCUCGACUCUCAUCCGGCACAAGGUAACUCACACCGGGGAGAAGCCCUACAAGUGUGCUGAGUGCGGGAAGAGCUUCUCCAACAGCUCUCACCUCCUCCAGCACCAGUGGGUGCACACUGCGGAGAAACCCUACAAGUGCAGGAGCUGCGGGAAGAGCUUCUGUGUGAGCUCAUCCCUUAAACGACACCAGCAGAUGCACACGAGUUAGAAGCUGUUCAAGUGUGCUGAGUGUGUGUCCUGCGUUCAACAGUAGCACGCAUUUUUUCUCCUUCUUGGUAGCUGGUGCAGUGCUGUGUUUUGACUUUCAGGCUGGGAACAUUGGUGAUAGCACAUACGGUUUUUGUUACUGCUGAGGUGUUGUAUUCUCUUCACUUGUUAUUUC